GUCAUUUGCUAAGGGAUCAUCUUACAAUCGGACCAGUCCGUCUGAGUCACCAUGACGCUAAAACUUCUCCAUAUAAAUAACUUCAGUUGUGCUCAGAUCUCAGUGGGGAAGGAGAGACUCCGCUCUGCAGCUCGGCUUUUAUCCUGAACUGAAAAAGAAAUGGAACAUCAGGAAAACUUCACAGCAGCGUCUGCACGCCUCUUGCCGCACGCGACGGCCGCCAAAGAAAGCGGCGGAAACGCGCAUCUCUACGUAUUGAUAGUCAUGUCUUUUUACGGAGUGUUUCUCUGCGGAAUCAUGCUGGGAUAUUUCCGCUCCAAGAGGAAGGAGGAAAGGAGGAGUAACAUCUUCACGCGCCUGGUGCACGAGGAGGAGCAGAGGGAGUGGGGCGCCCUGCCUCCGAAGCACAGCCUCACCUUUCCGGGCUCGGGGCUGCGGGCGCUGCACGUUUCAUUGCCGUUUUGCGGUAACCAUGGCAACCACUCUGGGGCCCUACGUCACGAGGCUUUCCUGCCGUCUCCGCUGGCGUGCGCGCUCUGCGCGGAGCAGAGCAGCGUCAGCUCCCUGUGCUCCUCCGCAGACACGCGCGUGACCAUUGAGGAAGAGGAGGCCGUCAGCGGCAGCAGAAGGGAAACCUGCACCAGCGGAGACUCAGGCUGAACUUUCCCAGGACUUUUAAAUAAAAUCACAAAAUCAUAAAAAUUCACAUUGAAAGAUGCGAAAAUCUGCUGGGAACCAAAAAUGACCUGAAAUGCUUCAUGAUCAAAGGAGGCAGUUGGUGUGUUUGCGACUAACUGGGUCUAAAGUCUUCAUACCUUCAUUGUUUUCA